CGGAGUUAGCUGAAUAAGCUCAGAUCAGAUCCAACGGCUCGACAUGCUCCUUCAUGGCGCGUUCCUGGUGCAUUUGGCCCUCACCUGCAACUUAGCAAGUGCUCGAUAUCACCACGGACACAGCGGGAAUCACGAGAACAAAAUAGAUUUCAACGGACCUGAUAAUGAUUAUGGAAAAUAUCUUGAGCCCAAUUUUUCUACACCGGAGGAAUGUGCCAGAGCCUGUAGAGACGACGAAAUGCCGCGCUACUGUUACUACCAAUUUAUUUUGGAAUAUUAUGCGACAAUGAGCAGGGCGUGCGAGUUGUGCAAACCCAACAACACCAAUCAAAUAUCUAACGUUCCGCAAUGCCAGUGCAUCGAAGCCGAUGGAUUCGAGCGUGGAAUGCUGUCGAUCAACAGGAUGCUGCCUGGACCAAGCAUUCAGGUCUGUCAGGAUGACAUUAUCGUCGUAGACGUUCGGAACAAUAUCGAAGGGAUGGAAGUCGCCCUCCACUGGCACGGUAUUUGGCAGCAGGACUAUCAAUACUACGACGGAGUCCCGUUUCUUACCCAGUGUCCCAUUACUUCGGGAACCACGUUCAGGUACCAAUUCACCGCAAGCAAUCCAGGCACUCAUUUUUACCACUCGCACGCUGGCUUGCAAAAAAUUGAUGGUCAGUAUGGUAGCCUGAUAGUUCGUCAACCGCCGAGCGCCGAUCCACACACUUUGCUCUACGAGAUGGAUCUUCUCACUCACGUGAUCCUGCUGAGCGAUUGGAUGCACGAAAUGUCAAGCGAGCGGUUUCCGGGACGGGUUAAAAACAACCCUGGACAAGUACCGGAAAACGUUCUGAUCAACGGAAAGGGACGCUGGAAGGAUCCGACGACGAACAAGACGACCUCCGUUCAACUGGAAACGUUCGUAGUCCAAGCCGGAAAGAAACACCGUUUCAGGAUGAUAAACGCUUUCAGUUCAGUUUGUCCGGCGCAGAUGACCAUCGAAGGACAUUCGCUGACUCUGAUUGCCCAGGACGGCGAAUCGGUGGAGCCCGUCUCUGUGGACACGAUAGUUUCUUCAUCCGGUGAACGCGUGGACUUCGUCUUGGACGCAAAUCAGGCCGUUGGAACUUAUUGGAUUCAAGUGCGAGCCAUUGGGGAGUGCAUUAGAUUUAGUCCCAGCCAGGUUGCCAUCCUGAAGUACACCGGUGGUCCGGGAAGUCCAAAAACUCUUCGACCCAGUUACUUAGUCGGAUUGAAGCAAGGAGUUGUUUACAACCCUCUGGAUGCCAAGUGUGAUCUGCCCAGGCCUAACGCAGUGUGUCCCAAUCAGUUGAAAUCUCUCGCACCAGUAGCACCGGAAGUCCUGAAAGCCCAACCUGAUCAUCGGAUCAUCCUACCUUAUCGGUUCCAUUCGUAUAAUAACUCGGUUCACAACCUCUUCAAGCCUGGAUCCUACCCUCGAUUCCUAGUGGCGGCAGACGCGGAUCAUCUAACCAGUCUGGUCGAUGGAAUAUCGUUUGUGUUCCCGCAAGUGCCGCCGCUCUCUCAGUCAAUAACCCAAUCCGACACUUGCAAUCGAAUAAACUUACCGCGAAACUGCGGAAUCCCCUGCGAAUGCCCUCAUACUCAUCACAUCAAAAAAGGCGCCGUUGUAGAAGUCGUCAUAUACGACGAAGUGUCCCAGCCCAUGCUAGGCCAUCCGUUUCACCUCCACGGGUAUUCUUUUAAAAUUUUGAAAAUCGGACGGUUCGCGGACGGGAGAAACAUAUCGCAAAGUGACAUAGCGGGAGUUAUUCACAAGCAUCAAAUGAUGCUGGAUUCGGCUCAAUACCCAAGGCCGGCUGGAAAAGACACGGUUACCGUUCCUCAGGCCGGAUACGUCAUCUUUCGCUUUAAGGCUGACAACCCCGGAUGGUGGCUGCUGCAUUGCCAUUUUCUUUACCACAUAUCCAUCGGAAUGAACGCCAUUUUUCAUGUUGGUGAAAAAAGUGAUCUGCCUCCUGUGCCUCCGAUGUUUCCCACCUGCCAUAGCUACACACCCGAAGUACGACCGACUUUUCCGUACUUAUACAGGGGUAACAACUCCAUGCGGUGAUCAAAGACAAGAUGUAAAAAAAUGAUAUACUUACAAUAAUAAUUGGAUGAUUCUUCAGGAUUAUGAUAUAACGUUAGUGAUAUUCUAGUCUUUGAUGA